AUGGCUGAGGCGAUUGUUUCCGCAGUCUUGGAGCAGUUGACUUCAAUCAUCAAAGAACAAAUACAACAAGAGGCGAGGCUGGUUGCGGGAGUCAGCAAAGAAGUAAAAAAGCUCACCAACAAUCUUCAAGUCAUUCAAGCUGUGUUGGUUGAUGCCGAGCAAAGGCAAGUGAAGGAGAUGGCUGUGAGAUUGUGGUUAGAUCAGCUCAAGCACACAUCCUAUGAUAUGGAAGACGUGUUGGAUGAGUGGAACACUGCAAUACUCAAACUGCACAUUGAGGGAUUUGAAGAUACGGAUGUUCCUAAGAAGGUGUGCUUUCCCUUUCACUCUGUUUGCUUUAGUUUCAAACAAGUCGGUUUGCGUCGUGAUAUUGCUGUAAAGAUAGAAGAAAUAAAUGAAAAUAUGACUGAUAUUGUGAAAACGACAGACACUUUUAAUUUUAAUGUGAUUAAGAGUGUCGAGAAACCAGAGCUAGUACAAAGUACGUCUUUAAUUGAUGAGUCUGAGAUAUGUGGUCGAGUUGAGGAUAGGGGUGCUUUAGUAAGCAAAUUGCUGAGUGAGGGUUGUGUCGACAAUGACCUCCACAUCAUCUCAAUUGUAGGGAUGGGAGGCAUUGGCAAGACAACUCUUGCCCAGGUUGCCUACAAUGAUGAUGAAGUGAUGAAAAAUUUCAAUAAAAGAAUAUGGGUGUGUGUAUCAGAUCCUUUUGAUGAGUAUAGGAUUGCAAAGGCCAUCAUUGAAGGUCUAGAAGGAAAUGCUUCUAAUUUAGUAGAAUUCAAUUCUCUGAUGCUGAAAAUUCAUGAAUCUAUUAAAGGAAAGAAAUUUCUUCUUGUAUUAGAUGAUGUGUGGACAGAAGAUUACAAUAAGUGGGAACCAUUUUAUCAUUGUCUAAAACAUGGUUUCCAUGGAAGUAAAAUUUUGAUUACUACACGUAAGGAGACAGUUGCAUGUAUGAUGAAAUCAAUCGAUAUCAUCAACAUCAAGACAAUGUCUGAAGAGGAAAGCUGGGUUUUGUUUAAGCGACUCGCUUUUUUUCGUAGGUCUCCUAAUGAGUGUGAACCACUAGAAGACAUUGGUAGGAAAAUUACAAGCAAGUGCAAGGGAUUGCCUCUUGCUGCAAAGACCAUGGGCAGUUUUUUGCAUUUCAAAAGAACUAGAGAAGAGUGGCAAUAUAUCUUAGAUAGUGAAAUAUGGAAAUUAGAAGAGUUUGAGAAAGGUCUUUUACCCCCAUUUUUGUUAAGUUAUAACGAUUUGCCCUCUCCAAUAAGACGUUGUUUCUCAUUUUGUGCCAUUUUUCCAAAUGACUACAUAAUAGAAAAAGAUGUUCUGAUUAAGUUAUGGAUGGCUCAAGGCUAUCUUGGAUUUGGAAAAGACAAAGAAUUGGAAAUAAUUGGUCAUGAUUAUUUCAAUAACUUAGCCACACGGUCUUUCUUCCAAGAGUUUGUAAAAGAUCUUGAUGAAAAUAUUAUACAAUGUAAGAUGCAUGAUAUAGUGCAUGACUUUGCCCAAUUUCUCAAUAGAAAUGAAUGCUUUAAUGUAGAAAUCCAUGGUAAUGAGGAGUCAUUGAUAAACUAUUUUGAUCAAGAGAAAGUUCGUCAUUUAAUGUUGACAGUUAGCAAAGAGGCUUCAUUACCCAUCUCCAUUUGUAGUAUCAAAAGGUUGCGUAGUCUCGUAAUUAGUUGUGGAGAUUUUUCCUAUUCAUUGCCUAAUGAUAUUCUAUCAAAGUUGUUAUUUGGUGAACUGACAUGUUUAAGGGCAUUGUGUUUUGAUUUCCCUAUUUCACCUAUGAGUGAGAUUCCAAAAGAGAUUGGAAAAUUGAUCCAUUUGCGAUAUCUUAAACUGAAGGGUUGUACAGGUUUAGAACAACUACCAGAAACUUUGUGCGGUUUGUAUAAUCUACAAAAUUUAGACCUUAGUCAUUGUAUAAAUUUGAGGGAACUACCUCAAGAGGUGGGGAAGUUGAUAAACUUGAGGCAAUUGUUAAAUGAGAGGACUGACUCACUAAGAUAUAUGCCUAUAGGGUUUGAGAGAAUAAGUUGUCUACGAACAUUAAGUGAAUUCACUGUAAGUGGAGGUGGUAAUAGCAAAGCAUGUAAUCUUGAUUGUUUGAAAGAUUUGAAUCAUCUUGAAGGGAAACUUACCGUAAGAGGGUUGAGUAAUUUGACAAAUGGGAGUGAGACUAAGAGAAUAGAAGGGCUUACUAACAAGAAAAAACUCUUUACUUUGAUGCUAAAAUUCGAUAAGACUACAGAGUGGGAGACAAUAAGUAAGAAUGAUGAAGUAGUUCUUGAAGCCUUACAACCACCUCCAAAUUUAGAGACUUUAAGUAUAUGGUAUUUCAGAGGCAUCACGGUUUCCCCUAAUUGGAUGAUGUCACUAACCAAAUUGAGGGUUUUAAGUCUAUGGAAUUUCAAACAUUGUAAACAUUUGCCUCCUUUGGGAAAAUUGCCGUCCCUUGAAUCCCUGUAUCUAACUAUCAUGUUGAGUUUGAAAAGAUUGGGAAAUGAAUUUUGGGGAAUAGAGGCAAUGUCCCAUCUUCAUCAACUAUUUUCUUCCCAAAAUUGA